AAUCAUUUCGACGUAAAUAGUUUAAUUGUCAAUGGAAGCACAUAUUAAAUGCAUAAGAUGCAGGUUCAGUCAGUUGGUUCAGUCAUUCACUGGCACUGUUCACAGGCCCCUGACCACAUGUGCACAGACAUGUGGCUCAGUGAUGAAAUCCAAUAUGGCGGCCAAUGAGGGUGAAUAUGAGCGACCGAGAAAAAUUGCAAAAACAUUGAAAGAAAAGGACGUAGGAAAGCGCCUGAUCGUUGUUUUGGAAAAAGCAUCGCUUGAGACAGUAAAGAAUGGGAAGAAUUUUGAACUGCUUAAUUGUGAUCACCACAAAGGGAUUUUAAAGAAAAGUGGACGGGAUAUUGGAUCAGUUAGGCCCGACAUCACGCAUCAGUGCUUACUGAUGCUUCUUGACAGUCCUCUUAACAAGGCAGGACUCCUUCAAGUCUAUAUACACACAGAAAACAAUGUCCUCAUUGAAGUGAACCCUCACACCAGAAUUCCUCGAACAUUUGAUAGAUUUUGUGGACUGAUGGUCCAGUUACUCCAUAAGCUCAGUAUUCAUGCUUCAAAUGGUCCGCAAAAGUUGUUGAAGGUAAUCAAGAAUCCAGUCACCCAGUAUAUGCCAACAGGGUGCAAGAAAUAUGGAACCUCAUUUAGCUCAACAAAAAUUGUCAAAAUGAAUGAUCUUGUACCUAAGGAUGAUCCUGCUGUUGUUGUGAUUGGGGCAAUGGCACAUGGCAAGGUUGAGGUGGACUACACAGAAGAGACAGUUUCAAUCAGUAAUUACCCUCUGUCAGCAGCACUCACCUGUGCUAAGAUCUGUUCAGCUUUUGAGGAUGUUUGGGGAGUAGUGUGACAUGCUAUGCCAUGCUGUGUGUGGUGGAUUAGAUGUUUGCCAAGGACAUUAAUUCCACAGAACCUGUAUGGGUGAUAUUUCAACACCGUAGAACAUUUCAAACUCAAUUACUCAGUAUUGAGAAUCACAAUACUGGAAGUCAUUCAUUACUUACAUGUGCUUGUGUGACACUUAACUUGACUGAAUAUUACACCAUAAGAUUGUUUUAGUCAAGACUAAAAUUUGGCCCUUGCUGUGGGUAAUGACAUACUUGUGCAUAAAAAACACGAUCAAAUCUCUUAUUUUGAGGCUGGUUAACUGCUGUCACUAUACACACAUAAUGCCAAUUAACAUACACAAUACCAUUAAAUAAAGAUACCAACCUUCAAAACUGUCCUUUCUAUAAAUUUAAAUAGUUAUUUUAUUACAUAAUAUUACAAAAUAUUA